CACCUUGUAUACUCGACGGGUUGUCCCCAUAUUGCAUUCCCUCUGGUCGCAUGAAGAUGUGGUUGAACGUGGCUCUGAUAGUCAGUGGUAUUCUCCUGGUGAAAUGCGGCACACAGGUUAAGACCGUCCAACUCAAGCCGGUGCCUCUGAAGACUUUACAGGAUGCCACCCCUCCGAAAAUGGCGCCUCAUUUCAUGUUCGACGGCGUUGACGAUGCCUACUUCAACGCGAUAGACGAUCUUCACAAAGGCCAUGGUGACGUUGAAGCUAAAAUCCAGAAGGAGGAAUUGGACGAGUUCCUGGCAACGUAUAACGUCAGAAAGAAAGAGCGUGCCAGCCAUAAACGGACGAAUGAACGUGAUUCAGACAGCAGCACCAAGCGGGACAAACGCUCAGCAAGCCUUGAAGUUCCCCACGGCAACAUUCGUCGCAAGAGAUUCUACGGGACAUGGAUGCUGUGGGAAAAAGGGAUUGUGCCAUAUACAUGGGGCAACAGCACGGCCAAGGAGCAAAAGUCUGCAACAGGAGCUAUGGACAUUCUUCAUAAGUAUACCUGUCUUCGGUUCGUCUUGAGUGACGGUUCUCCUGAUUUCAACAGAAAACUGGGACUUUCUCAUACCACCACUCUAAACUUCAUCCAGCAAGGAUCCCAGGGGUGCUGGUCACGUGUUGGAAAGAAACCGAGCGGCGUUCAGGACAUCAGUGCAUGCAGUAUACUUCUGACAUCCCUCCACGAAAUAUGCCACGCGUUGGGCGCCUUCCAUGAACACAUCAGCUACAAUAGAAAUGGUAACGUUGAGGAGAACCCCCAAAAUAUACAGAAGGGUGCGGAGAACAACUUUGAGAAACGCGAUCCCGCUUACAAGAGCUUAUUCAACACAGACACGUACGAUCUGCAGUCGCUGAUGCACUACGAACCCCACGACUUCUCUUCCAAUGGGCUGCCGACCUUGGACCCUCUGUACCGAGACUUUGCUGAGCCUGCCGAUGACUACUGGCUUCUGAUGAAGGAGACCUCUAAAGUGUACAAGUGUGUAGAAAUGAAAUGUUCUUCAGUCACUCUGAAUUGCGCUAACGAAGGUUAUGUCUCGUACUACGAGGAUAAAUGCCAGUGUGUCUGCCCAGCCGGACUGGACCCCACAACCCAGUGCACAACAGUCAAACCUGGAGAUUGCGGGGGGGUCAUAGAGCUAUCCCGUGACAAGCCGAGGGAAACCAUCCAGUCUCCAGGCUAUAAUUUCCCCGCCCCAUCCUCGUCAGUAUGUACCUGGAUUAUCAAGUCGCCCGGAAAAGUGAUGCUGAAAAUCCAAGACAUGAACCUUGCUGGAUCCACAGACAAAUGUGAAGCUACCCUGCGAAUCCGCCGAAAUCUUCUUGGUCAGUCGGGUACAACGUACUGUGGUAAAGGUUUUGAGAGGUCUAUUUUUUCCACCGGCAACUAUAUGGCAGUUACUCUAUCCACUGAACAGACGUUGACAAGCCUGUUUGUAGCUGCAGCCGAGGCUCUGUUCCCCGAGGACAGCUGCUACAACUGGGAUGAUAGGGGAGAGACCUACAACGCUGAUCUCCAGUUCUCCGAGAAGUACUACAAGUGUGUCAAUUGGUCAGAAGCCACGACCUGUAACCAUAGCCCGUUCUCAAUGACUGCUGACCUGAAGGCUGACUAUACUGGUAACAGCUGCCGCAAUCCCGGUGGGGUCCUCCACAGACCCUGGUGCUACACCGACGUCAAGCCAUCAAGCUGUACCAUCAGAUACUGCGAGCCAUGCCAGAAAGGCGACGUCUACGACGUCUACGACAACUGCGGCGAUAUCUUAAGACGACAUCCCAAGUUCUGUGACGACGAAGAAGCUGAAAAGGGCUGCAGGAAGACGUGUGGUAUUCUGGCGCCAAAGAUUGAGACAGCUAAAUGUGGUUCUCCCCCUCCAAUCAAUGGUGCUCGCCUGACGGUGACACCCGGGGUCAGCUACAACACCAACGACGUCGUCAUAUACCAGUGCCUUGGCGACAGCUCCAAGAUGUCAUCCAGAUGGUGUCUCUCAACUGGUGUGUGGUCCGACCUUCAAGGAGUUUGUGGAGAGUGUGCUGACCAGAAAACCAUGUGUCAAAACCUGCUGAAGAACAACCGCACAAUGUGUUCCACAUCCCAAACUUACAGCAACAAAUACUGUGCUGCAACCUGCGGGAAGUGCGCAGGGUCGAAGGCUACAUGCAGUGUGAAAUCUCCCAAGUCAUCUUCAAGGGCUGUGUUGGUCACUAAAGAUCCGACCGUUAGCCAAGGACAAUUUGUUCAGUAUGAGUGCAGCACAGGAUUCUUCAAACAGUCCGGCGAGACGGAACUCGCAUGUUUGAUGGAUGGGACCUUAUUCGGUGAAAUGCUUGUCUGUGGAGGUGAAAACAAGGAGACACUUCCGGUGAGUGACCUUGAGGUGAAGCAGUACCAGCUCAGCUUCUUGUCAGCCUGGGCGUUCAUUGCUAACACUCCUAACACUAACAUCACAAGGGCCGGAGCUCUGAAAACCUGGUACUUCUACUGUGUCAAGGCUGGCCCGGUCAAGUUGGCAGUGUUUCGAGAUACGUCAGUUGGAGCCUUCGUAGUAGGGGUGACAGAAACAGAAUGCGACGCGGACAGGGUCAACGUGGUGCACCUGAGCGGCCUGAGUGAGAUCUUUGUGGAGGUGAACGACUACAUAGGGGCGCUUGACAUCAACGGGGGAGCACUGACCUACUCAAUGUGCAAUGACAUGUCGUCCAUGACUAGCGUUGUCUUCCUCUUUGACAAAAGCGUGCUGAGAACAAACAAUACGGUCACAUUCGCUUCCUUCCCUGUCUGUGCCUAUGCAGCUCUAAACGCCGACGUUGGGCAGAUAACUUCGUCAGGCUACAGGAUAAUAAAUUACAAAUAUCAGAUUGGAUAACCCAAUCUGUGCGAUGGCUGUCUGGUGGCUGAUAGUUACUCCCUCAAGUUAAUGUAUCAUCACAAGGAAAUAAAACACCAUUGGGUAUAAA